AUGUUGACCGAAGUGGGGUACAGUCUGGUGUCAAACAUUGAGAUACAGAAAUGUACCGCCACACUUCACGAUAUGAAUUUAAAUAUCAGCUAUAAUAAAAAUAAAGGUUCCAAUAUUUCUCGUACCGUUGGUAUGCUCUUAGCUGUAGGACCAACUGAAAGCAAGAACCAGGAUGGGAAAUUUUUUAAUACAGUGCAAGUUUAUGAUUUUGUUAAAGAUUGCAAGAUCAGUGCACUUCAAGCAAUCGAUUUGUUCAUGUCCGCUUUUUCGCAUCCGGAUGAAAAUAGAUGUUUAAACGAAGGCUCAAUUAAAAGUAGAGCAGGCAUUCCAUCAUCGCAAGGGAUCCAAAAUGAAAAAAAAUGUACGACAGCCAAUAAUAAAAUAAUGGAAAACAAUUAA